AUGUCAACAUCGGCAUUCUGGGCAUCACCCAUCAAAUAUCUCCGCUGGGCAGCACACGAACGGCCUAAUGUCUUCUACUCCCUUCUUCUCGGUGGUCUCGGUCCCGUUGCACUACUGGUGGUGCCACCCGUUCGGCGCUCAUUAGGCUUCACGCGCGCUGAACCCGUUCCUCUCAGUUACCCAUUGCCGAAUAGGAAACGCGAGACGUUGAAGGGCUUUGAGGAUUAG